GGAGCGCGGCGGGGCCGUUGGCAGGGCCGUGCCGGGCCGGGAGCCGCGAUGGGCGAGCAGGGAGCGGCGCUGCAGGGCUACAACGCGGCGCUGCUGGAGGGGCUGGCGGAGCUGCGAGCCCGGCGGGAGGAGCUGAACGGGCGGAUCCGGGAGGAGGAGGCGGAGCGCGGCCGGCUGCAGGCCCGGCUCGGGGCGCUGAGCCAGCGGCUGGCCCGCACCAACGAGAGCCUGGCCGGGCACCUGGCCGCACGCAGCGACCUGGACAGGAGCAUCGCCGAAACGGAGGCGGCCUACGGCAAGCCCAUGAGUCGCAGGACUCCGUCCCCAUCCACCGCAUUCUUCCAUGGACACAGACGACAAAAUCCCAACUUCUACUGGCGUCUCGGCCUGCGGGACACUUGCCUUCAUCUCUUCUCUGACCACUUAAUGAUUUCCACAAGUUCACAGGAGUGUAAAAAUGAUCUUUGGGACUACAACCCUGCUAUAACAUUUUGUUACAGUUGUCCACCGUGUUAAAACUUUACAACGGGGAGAUGGACAGGCAACAAGAUUUUCUAAGCCUAGCAUAGCCUUGUAUCCUAACGCACCACAAGUGCGAGUGCUAAAUUAUAUAAAACAUAAGCUAAAAACAGAAGAAAAUGAAUAAAAGUAGAAAGAAUUAGUCUGACUUAAGGUCAUUGUGGAGUUGAGUAACAUCUUGAAGCAAGAAACCUAAAGUGUGCAGUUUUAGUAGUAGAAGACAGUUGAAACGGUGUCUGAGUACAAUUCUAAUACUGAUCUAAAAAGCCCAAGUAUCAGCAUCUCUUAAAAACUAAAGUUUAGUCCACAGCCUGCUACAGCAGGAAGUUCUCUGUCCCGUGUUCGAAGACAGAUAAAUUGCUUAAGUUAUUUCUUAUUCAAAAAAUGGGCAUAAACCAGGGAAAUUCCUCCACGGAUAUUCCUGCAGUGAGAUAGAAUACCUAAUUCUCAGCGGUGUAUCAUCCUAAGGGAUGGAGAGUCCCUCUUGCUCCAAGGUAGAUCAGGUGAAUUCAGAGAGAACUGUUUAGUUGAUGUAAAAAAAUAAGCUGUUUUUAUUUCCUUCCUUCCCAGAUUCUGGAGAGUUCUCAGACAUUGCUAGAUGUCCUGAAGGGAGAAAUUGGGAGUGCUAGUAAAGCCAGUGAGCCGAAAAGCACUUCAAAACAAAAAGAAAAACGAACAAGUGGACAAAAGCAUUCCUAAACUUGUUCUUCAGCCUGGCAAAGCCUGUUGGGCUGGGACAGCUGCUGUUCUGGUACAAGGAUGCCACAUUUAAUAAAAGUCUUUGUUUGCAGGA